AUGGAGCCAGACACGGGAAGCAACGUCGAAACGACGCUCCGGUUGCGCACCUCCAUGUCGGCCACAAGCGUCCCUGCAAGCCCGAGCCCCGUUGCCGACAUGCAGCUCAUCUCGCACGGUCGUUCCGCGUCUUCGUCGGCGUCGGCAUCGCAUUCGGCGUCCGGCAGCUCGUCCAACCUGGCAGAGCAGGACGCCGCGCUCGAGUCGCCGCUGUCAUCGUCGGCAUCGUCCAUUGCAAGCCUCGAGCGGAAAGCCCUUGCGAUGAAAAAGAGCUCGUCCAUGGAUAUUGCGCUCACCGACUCGCCCCUAACUGUGCGGGCCGCCGUCGGACCCUCCCGCCUUUCCUCAGACAUUAGCAGCUCGUUCGCUCCCGCGAGUGGUGGCGCCCAGGUCAGCUCGACGGCGUCGGACAGCAACGGCAGCUCCACUACUGCAGAAGCCACGGCUGCGGCAGCUGCGGUGACUGCCAAGUCAGCCACUGCCAAGCGACGGAGUCGACGGUCUUCAGCGUCGGCCUCCAUGUCCCAUUCCUUCUCGCCUUCGCCACUAUCGACCAUCCACUCGUCGUCUCAGAAUUUCGGCUCGGAUGGUGGCAACUCUGCCUCUCCUCUUCACUCGACAUCCAACAACCAAUUGACAGAUCUUGGAGGCUCGCUGGGGCCGCCACCGGUCGCCAACAAUGCGCGUCGAAAAUCCAUCUCCAACUCGCUGACCAACAUUACCGACUCUGUCAAGGAGAUGCUUGGCAUGCGCACCUCGUCGCCAGGCGGUCCCGGGGACGCUGGACUCUCCGCCCCGUCUUCUGCCUCCUCGUUCUUGACCCCGCUGGAUUCCUCGUCGAACGCCAAUGGCGUCAUUGCGGCGGCAUCCAGCACCGAAACACUGGCUGUCGCCCCCACCUCCAACACCACCAGCCUGCGGCGGCCAUCCCAGCAAACAUCGCCGUCCUCGUCGUUUGCCACGCUGCCGCUGUCGGCCGGCGCCGGAGGAGAGGGAGCGGGAGCGGGCUCUUCGAAAUCCGAAGCCCUCAACGGAGCGCCCUCUCCGAACAGUGCAGCUUACAAACGGCGGCGAUCGAUGGACGACUCGGCUCGGUACUCGACCAACUUUGGCGGGCUGUCGCAAUCAUCUCCGCGAAACAGCGUAUUCAACGCGAGCACGGAUGAUGUUGUUGUGGAGCCGUCGGCCCGCACGCGCCACUCGCACUCGCGCUUCAGUGGCCACUCGGUAGAACCGCGCCGCGAUGUGACACGCGUGUGGCAGUAUCUGGACGGAGAUGGCGCGUUGAUUGAAACGUACAAGUCUGUCCAUGUUAGCAAGUUAUCUGCGCACGAGUUGUCCGUGUGCAAAAAGCACGUGGCGUACGUUCUCGGCGACUAUCUUAACACCACCAUCCGCGUCCCGAAGGGAGCCGGCGGCAAAAAGCACCAUUUCGACCCCCAAGCCUCCAUCAAGCACGCAGUCUCGGCCGUGAUGGACGGAUUCAACAACUCGCCGUUGAGAAAGUCCAGCAAGGUUGAAACCCAGCCGUCGGCGCCCUCGGCGUCAACGUCCUUGCCCGUCACCGCGACGUCCAGCUCGUCCAACUCGCCCGCUCCUUCGUCCGGUGGCUUUUCCGUGUUUGGCGUCAGUCUCGACAAGCUGCUCGAGCACGAUGUUUACCACUUCCGCACUUCGCUUGUCAGCCCAAACGUUCCGAUGAUUGUGCAGUCGUGUAUUCAACACUUGGAUGCCGAAGGCACGAGUUUGAGUGGUAUUUUCCGCAUUUCUGGUUCGGCACGCCGUAUGAAGGAACUCAGGGAAGAGUUUACACACGGCACCCCUGUCAAGCUCGGUGACUAUUCUGCCCACGACGUUGCAGGAGUGCUGAAACAAUUCUUCCGCGAGCUUGCGCAGCCGCUUUUGACCUCGGAGCUGUAUCCAGCCUUCCUUGCUACCAAACGAUUUGACCCUCACACUAUCCGGCCGCGCGUGCUUCAGCUGCUCUGUUUGCUGCUUCCUGUCAGCAGCCGCUCAACUCUUGAGGCGCUGCUCAAAUGUCUGUCGCGCAUCGAGGCCAACUCGGAGCAGUUUGUGCAGGGCGAUGGCACACAAACCGCCGGAAAUCGGAUGGAUGCCGGCAAUCUGGCCGUCGUGUUGGGCCCGAACAUUUUGCACAGCGGUAAGACGAUCAAGGCUGCCAACGUCGACAUGGGCGACAUGGAAGAGCAGCUCGCGGCCGUGGAUGUGGUCAAGACCUUGAUUGAACAUUAUAACAUUCUAUUCCAGGUUCCUGGCGUGGUGAUUGAAAAGAUUGCCUCCGAGCCUGCCAACCUCACGCUGGAAGUGGACCAGCUACGACACAACCGCCAGAGCAGCACGCACAGCGUCAACUCGUCUGAAAGCGGCAGCCGGCCCGUCUCGUCCCUUCUCGAUCCGAAUGACAUUGGUCUAUCACCAACACCGUCACCCCUUGCUCCUCGACGUGUCGAGCACGUGACGUCUCUCCCAGACUUGUCCAGUCCAUCCAGCCCAACCAGUCCAACUGAAGGAACGACGACGACGACGACGACGACGACGACGACGACGAACAAUCGCUCCUCGUCUCUGAUGGACGAUCCCACAUUGCUGGCCUUCACCAGCCCUUCCGGCUCGCGUGCAGACCUUGCUGCCGUUGUAGCAGAAGCCGCCCAAGCCGACACCCACACGCGUGAACCAUCCGCAUCCGCCGAGAGUGAUAGUGACGUUGUGCCCGAUGUUGUCAGCGCCGCUCCCUCUGCGUCCCCGACCAACGCACGACCCAAAAAGCGAGGAGAGGUGAAUCGUGCACAGUCGUUUUUGGCUGCCAUGGACUCGAGCUCUGCUGUUGCUUUGGCUCCCGCUCCUGCGACUUCGACGACUUCUGCGUCCUCUGCCCGUAGUGCCGCCCUGCAAGCAAACAUGUUUGGGACGGUGCUGGCUUCCCAACCUUCAGCCGCGCCUGCGCAGUCGGCCGCGCCAGCCAACGGAUCGCUGGCGGCUCCCAACGGCGAGAAGUCUAUGCGCCGCAGUCCCAGUCCGCGUGCUGCCAACUACAUCAACUCAAUGUACGGCUCAAACAACCGCCAGAGCAUGGCUGUUGCGCUGCAGUCGGAGCGUAGCAGGUUUGGGCAGUCGUCAAUCGAGUCCGAUGGCGGCGACAACAAUCGCAAUUCGUUUGCGAUCGCCACACGGGAUUCGGAUCCUCAAACGCCAGCUGGCCCUGCCGCACCCGAUGCCCCCGAGUUGAGUCCCGCAUCAUCGGACCCCGACCUCGAUGGCACUCGUGUUUAA